AUGACUCAGUGUGGAGCUGGGUGGGGAAAACUAGUUGGUUCUUCCUGUAACAUCAGCUACACCUUCCCAUCAGACAGUGGAGUUUACCUGUGUGAGUCCAGAGAGGGAACAACCAGUAACAGCAUCGACCUCACUGUCUAUGGUGGACCAGUGAUCCUGCAGAGUCCUUUCCUCCCUGUGAUGGAGGGAGAUGAGGUCACUCUGCUCUGUAAAACAAAGACCACUCCCUCCAUCCUCUCAGCUACUUUCUACAAAGAUGGCUCCUUGAUCAGGACUGAGUCUACAGGUCACAUAACCGUCCACCAUGUUACCAGGUCUGAAGAAGGCCUCUACAGGUGUAACAUCAUCGAUCACGGAGAUUCUCCACCCAGCUGGAUCACUGUCACAGGUGAGGAGGUUCACUUUGAUUUCAACUCUUAUUUCAUCCACAUGUUCAUCUGA